GCUAGUGAUGGCCAAAUGAGGCCUCAUGAAGCAUUUGGUGUUUUGUUUUUUCCUGAGCCCACUAGUUGGCAACCACCAAAACUAUACAAUGUUACCAAAUACUAAUGAGCUCCUUCUCUGUUUUCAUGUGUUCCAAUAGAAACAACAUGCAGGAAACCCAGCAGCAUACAGUAGACCCCAGCAGGGUGUUUGUUCAAAGGUCGCCCAACGCCUUUGCGUUCUUUGCGAGGGAGCACAGGUCCGAUGUUGUCGCAGGCCACCGUGUGAAAAAUAGUCCCACUGUCAACCAAAUAUUGGGAAGGAAGUGGAGAGCUAUGAGCAUGGACGAACAACUCAAGUAUUACUUAAUGGCUCAUAGUGAAACCUACACCCCCAACUGUAAACCACCUAAUCAGCCAAGGAUAGCUACCAUCCGCAGCCACAGAGCCAAUAGACGUGCUGCAAAGAGAAAACCUGCACGUGAGGUCAGGAAGUGAGACGCCUCACAUGCAUGUUGCAGCGAUGCAACAUGCUGUGUCGGUAACAUGUCUCAGUCCAUCCCUGUCUUUGCACUCUGUGGACUCCGAACACAGCGAUGACAAUGUUUUGUAUU